UAUGCAUGAUCCUCAUUUAAAAAAAAACUACAAAAGCCAUUACUUGGACAAUUGGAGAAAUUUAAUUAUGGACUGGUUAUUAGGUACUAUUAGGGAAUUUCUUAGCUCACUAAGACUUUUCUUGGCAAAUCUUUGUCCCAUUUCUCUAUUAAUGGUGUCACUGUUUUCUCAAUCACUCAAGCUUAAAGCCUCUUAUGACGCUGGCUCCAACCUUCUUUUCCAUUCCACCACCCAACCUCAGUUUUUUAUGUUUUUAUCACCCAUUCUCUCAGUUUUAUUGAGAUACAACUUACAUACCAUAAAAUUCAACUAUUUAAAAUGUACAAUUAAAGGGUUUCAAGUAUAUUCGUAGAGUUGUGCAACCAUCACCAUCACCACACUCAAUCUGAGAACAUUUUCCUCACUCCAAAAAGAAACCUUGUGCCCGUUAGCAGUCACUCCUCAUCAGGCUUUUAUCACUUCUGAUCUGGCUCCUUAACAGCCUUCUAACUCCUGAUCUUCAACGCUCUCCUUCCAAAUUUAUCUCAUGUUGGAAGCAGAAUUUGAUUCCCCUAAAGCAUGGUUUAGAUACUGCACCCUCUGGACUAGACACCUUCAGUGACUCCCCCAAAGAACGCUUGGGUUCAAGUGAACAAACAUCCACUGACACACAUUCUCGUCCAGGCACUGUGCUAGGUGCUGGGAACAAAAUGCUUACUACUGAAGAUCCGCCAUAGUGCAGGGCCCUCCUCCGGGAAGGACCUCUCUGUCCCCACCGCACCCCAUCCGGCGGAAACCCUUCCCAAUUUCAAGGAACAUCUUCCCCACGAGCGGCUGCGAACUAUGCAGCUCUCGGGACUCCUUGACUCCUCUCUCACUUGCCCACACGUACAGCUCAAUAGUUGUUUGCUCAGUACACACACAGAACGUGUUCCGUAGACGCAGCAACGCUCCUUCCCGCCGGAACCGCCAGCAUCCCACCCCACCUUCGUCAGCCGUCAAACUGCUCUGCCACCGCAGGAACGGGAGAUUUGAGCCACUCCUAGGAAGAGCUGGCUAGGAGAAAUCAGGUCUUCCUGGUCACGUCUGCGCGACGAGACCUCCAGACCUCUAUGGUUCAUGCUUCCGCUCGGGAGAACGGAGCCGCCCCCUUCCGGCGCUGCUCGGCGCCCCCGGCCCGCCCCGACGCCGGCCGUGACGGAAGCACGUCGGGGUGACCUAACCCUCCAACAUGGCGGCGGCGGUAGAUUAGGGCCGCGGGUCGAAGCAGCGACUGCCGCUGGGGGACCCUGUCGGAAACAGCUGCCACCGCCGCCGCCGCCUCUUUCAUCUCCUCUGGGGCAGGGGCCAGGGCCAGGAGUUCAACAAGAUGUAACUUCACAAACUCUGGAUCAAGAAGUUUUAUUAAAAGUUAAAGCUGAAAUUGAAGAAGAGCUAAAAUCCCUGGACAAAGAAAUUUCUGAAGCCUUUACCAGCACAGGCUUUGACCGUCAUACUUCUCCUGUGUUCAGCCCUGCUAACCCAGAAAGCUCAGUAGAAGACUGCUUGGCUCAUCUUGGAGAGAAAGUGUCACAGGAACUGAAAGAACCUCUCCAGAAGGCGUUACAGAUGCUCCUCAGCCAGCCAGUGACAUAUCAGGCAUAUCGGGAAUGUACACUGGAGACUACAGUUCAUGCCAACGGCUGGAAUAAGAUUUUGGUGCCUCUGAUUUUGCUACGACAAAUGCUUUUGGAGUUAACAAGACGUGGUCAAGAACCUUUGAGUGCCUUGCUGCAGUUUGGUGUGACGUACCUUGAGGACUAUGCAGCAGAGUACAUCAUUCAGCAAGGUGGCUGGGGCACUGUGUUUAAUCUUGAGUCAGAGGAGGAGGAAUACCCUGGAACUGUUGCAGAAGAUAGCAAUGACAUUUAUAUCCUGCCCAGUGACAACUCUGGACAAGUUAGUCCUCCAGAGUCUCCAACUGUGACAACUUCUUGGCAGUCAGAGAGCUUACCUGUUUCACUGUCAGCCAGCCAGAGUUGGCACACAGAAAGCCUACCAGUGUCCCUAGGUCCUGAGUCCUGGCAGCAGAUCGCAAUGGAUCCUGAAGAAGUCAAAAGCUUAGAUAGCAAUGGAGCUGGAGAGAAGAGUGAGAACAACUCUUCUAAUUCUGACAUUGUGCACGUGGAGAAGGAAGAAAUACCUGAGGGUGUGGAAGAGGCUGCUGUGGCGUCUGUGGUCUUGCCAAGCAGGGAGCUGCAAGAGGCAUUUCCUGAAGCCCCAGCUCCCUCGCUUCCACAUAUCACUGCCACUUCCUUGCUGGAGCCGAGGGAACCCGACACAGAAAUGAUUCCGGUCGAGAAAGUCAGCCCUGCUACAUCUGUUUUUGUAGAACUUGAUGAAGAAGAGCUGAAAGCAGCCACAGUUGAACCUAUUAAACUGGAGGAGCAGGUGAUCCCUGCUCUGGAGCCCACGAAAACACUGCUGAGUGAAGAGGAGAGAAGUGUCAGGAAGCAGAGUCUUACAGAAGUGUUCUCCUCUGCCAGAGAAGAGAAGGCCAUCCCACUGUCUGAGGGCAAGGCUAUACUGCUGUUUGGAGGGGCUGCCGCUGUUGCCAUCCUGGCAGUGGCAGUUGGGGUAGCACUGGCGCUGAGAAAGAAAUAGCAGAUUUUUUGGAAGAGAAAGAAGACAAAAAGGAUGUAAGGUUUUAGUCGUAUUGACUGAAUUUGAACUGCCAGCAGCUGAUUGGACAUUUGUGGAACACUGUGGGAUAAUUGGGGACUUCUGCUCAAGAAGGCAGUGGAUUGGUCCACGUAUUAGGGCUUAAGGCAGAGGGUGGUCAUGUUUGUCUGAUUGUAAGUUCCAAGGGCUUUGGCUUGUGCUAGAUUCAGAAUCUUAUGAGUAAAGUACUCUCUCUAGAAGAGGGUUUCUCAACCUUGGCAUUAAUGACAUCUUGAACAUUCUUUAUUGUAGGAGGCUGUCCCGUGCACUAUAGAAUGUUUAGCAACAUCCGUGGUGUCUGCCCACUAAAGCCCAGUAGCACCCUUCCCUCAGUUGUGGCAACUAAAAAUGUCUCCUGACAUUGCCAAAUGUCCCCUGGGGGUAAAAUUGUUCCCCUUGAAAAACACAUCUUUACAGAGAGAGGGUUAAUUUAGGAGAAUCUGGGGUAGAAAUUACCAGGCAAGAGAACUUAGCUGUGGGCUCCUCAGCUAGGGACUUGUUCCUGCCCUUGGAAUUUCAUCUUUCCUGAUGAACAUGCUGUGUUUCACAGCCAUUCCUUUUUGGCUCUUCUUUCCUUCCCCGCCUUCUUAGUCCUGUAGUGUGAGGGUGCUCUCCCCUUAUGUCUCAGCUGCAUCUCAGGUACUGCAGCUUCUCUUCAACCCCAGGUUCCUUCUACGAUCCCAGGGGACAGUCCUUGCUCUGCACCCAUCAAGUCCUUGAUGCUUCCUACAGCUCCACCUUGUAAAGAUGUUGCCUUUAGUAAUCUUUAAAAACAUAAAUAUAAAAUAAAAGAGAUCUAGGGUUCCCUGCCUGUGAGUGCAAGGGCCAGUAACUGGCUAGUGAGAUUUGUCUCGUUCAGAAGCAGAGUGGCUUAGAUGACUAUUGAGGUCUCUUCUGGCCCUUUUGUCUAAGGCCACCCUACUGAGCUUAUGGUUACUUCCCAGCAGCAUCUCUGUUGCAGGAUGGUCACUGUAUAUCCUGGGCCAGUGUGUUUUCCCAGUAUCUGGCCUCAGUUUUCUUACUGGUCAGCUAGCUCUUCUUGGGUCUCUUGCCAUGUGGUAAGGAUUUUCAUACUUGGGCUUAUAGGCCAAUUGAAUCAUAAUUCAUAUUAAAUACAGAAAGUCUCCUAAAUAUCAUUGAAGUGAAAAGAAAAGAGAAGCUUGAAUUUCUCUAGGCUAUCCUAGAGAUUCUAGUUGGCUUUCAGAGUUCAAGAAUGAAGGGUUCUUUGCUGAACUCUUCAGUCCAAAUACCAGAGUGAUAAACCAAAAUGAUCCUAAUCAGUAUGUGUUAGUUGAGAAUCAGCAUAAUUUUCUUUCAUCUGGCCAAUCCCUUCCCUAAAGUGUGGGUGGGACUGUGUCCUUUCACGCCUGAUGAUCACAGUGUUACUGUGCAGGACACACAUGCUUGAUACAAAUCAUCUCAGAUUUAUCUUAGUAAAUGUAACAAAUUACUUUUUAGAUCCUGAAAUUUGUAAUAAAAUUACUUUACCUACCGUGAUCACCAAAACUUGAUGUUUUAAAUGUGCUUUCUUUUUGAAAUUUAUUUUUUAAAAUUAAAUCUUCUCCCUGAAGCAGUACUAUUUAAAAGUUGGUUAAGAAAAGAUCUGCAGUGUGUUGAUGUGUGUGUUCAGCUUUGUCACGCAGUGUAUUUUCAUGUUCUGAGUUUUAGCGUUUCAUUCAGGGCGUGAUGUUUUUAAGGGUUUUGAUCUGCCUUGAUUAAUACAGCUAGGGGUGAGGGGAGAAAUGAGAUGAGUGAAGUAAAGCUUUUUCCUCCUUGGGCUCUGACAGUUGCAUUCAAUUACUCUGUAUUCUAAUUGGUUAUGUUUGUGUGUGCAUAGGGUGAGUUACCUUGAUUUUUUUUCCCCUUUUAUAAUAAAAUAUUUUCCUCCCAGUA